AUGCGCUUGGAGCACACUUGCCAAGAGUUGAUUAAGGACUUGCCGGAACCUCCCAUUAUCACAGCCUUGGAUGCUUCACCACGUGUUCGUGCUCUGAUCAUAGAUGCCUUCUAUGGGAAGUCUUCAGUGACAACGCCGCCGCUGCCGGAGUUCGUAGACAAAGUCCGUGCAGGUUGGUCGAAGUUUCUUAAGUCACUGCAAUCUGGGGACAUCAGAGUCGCGGAAAUUGAUGCAAAAGCCCUCCUCAAGCCGGGUGACAACGAGCAAACUUUGCGUGGCUGGCUUGAAGAAGAAUUCCGUCUCUUGAGAGGUCUUGAGGCGGAGGUCACCUGCAAAGAGCAUGAUGUGCGCCGUAUCGCACAGGAUCUUGUGGCCCUGGACGAGUUUGACCGCUAUCGAAAGCUGAUUCAGGACGUCAACACCCUGCUGAAGGAGCUACAAAAGUUCGACCAACUCGUGGCUGAUGACUCUGACGAUCAACUCCGCCAGUUCGAGCGGAUGCUCAACAAAGUGAAGGAGUUCGAUCUGGACAUCU